CGCUUUGGCAGUAGGGCAACAUUGUAGCGGCGUGCUGACUGUAACAAAUGGGAUGUAGCGACGGGCGGCCGCUGCUUCUAGUGUAAGGAUUUGUGCCAUCAUGUGUGGGCGCACUGCAUGCUCGCUGGCAGCUGAUCAGCUUAGACGUGCCUGUGCUUUUCGGGACGGGCAAGGAAGGAGAAGGAAUCCUGAAUGGAGAGAUGGGGACCAAGAUAAGUAUAAGCCCUCGUUCAACAGAAGCCCACAUUCCAACAGUCCAGUGCUGGUAUCCAGGAGACACUUUGACAAACAUGCGGAGAGUGCAGAGCCUAUGCUAACAGCCAUGCGGUGGGGGCUUAUUCCUUCCUGGUUUCGGGAAAGUGACCCCUCGAAAAUGCAGUACCAUACCAGCAACUGCCGCAGUGAUGGGAUGAUGCAGAAGAAGUCGUACAAGGAACCACUUAUUAAAGGCCAACGCUGUGUCGUGUUGGCUGAUGGAUUCUUUGAGUGGCAGAGGCUACAAGGGGAGAAGCAGCCCUACUUCAUCCACUUUCCACAGACUUGUGAGAAAGAAGAGGUAGAUGGUGAGGAGUGGAAGGGCCGUCGCCUGCUCACUAUGGCUGGGCUGUUUGACCGCUGGAGACCUCCCAGCGGAGGAGAGGAACUAUACACACACACCAUCAUCACCGUGAGUGCUUCCAAAACCAUGGAGUGGAUACACAACAGGAUGCCAGCUAUUCUGGAUGGAGAGGAGGCAGUGCGCAAAUGGCUGGAUUAUGGGGAGGUAUCAGUCACAGAGGCCAUUAAACUGAUCCAGCCAACAGACUGUAUUUCCCUUUACCCAGUCUCCACCCUGGUCAAUAAUUCCAGGAAUGACGACCUUGAGUGCAUCAAACCCAUAGAACUGGAAGUUAAGAAGGAACCCAAACCCAAUGCCAGUAGCAAGCUGAUGAGGAAUUGGCUGCAGAGCUCUUCACCCAAGAAGGAAGCAGUGGAUGUGGAGAGCCCGGUGCCGGUUAAGGUGGAGACACCAAAGAAGAGAGUGGGGUUAAUGCAGAUGUGGCUCCAGAAAACUGAGGAGCCCUUGGCCAAGAAGCUACACACAACCUGAGGUACAGCCUGGCAUCUGGGCAAGCUCCAUUUGGAAGUAGUUUACACAUUUAUGUGGUGGUUUGUUUAAUUGUUACAUAUUUGUUUGUUUUCCACUGUUCUUUGAUGUUGUACAUUCCCAGAAGGGAAAAUGCAAUUUGAGCUGAAACAAAUGUAAAUACCCAGCAGUUCUUGUACCAUCUGAUGUAGAAGACAUGGUUAACAUUUUGCAGCCUUGCUCUGAUAGACCACUGGGUUGACAAGAUCAGCCAUUCCUGUGAUUUGGUUUAUUAAAAAUUGAAACUUUUUUGCUUUUGGGCACUGAAGGCAUUUCAUUCUUUAUGGUGCAAGUGUUGUAACAACUUCCAAACAUAUUGUUGCUUUGUAAUAAUUAAAUCAAAAUCAGUCUCCCUGUACUUCAGCUGUGUGAGUUACUCAAACCAAGCAAUGCCAGAGAAGGGAUUCAUGAAAUAUAUACUGAGCAUGCUUUGGAGAAGUGGGAGCGGUCAGGAAUAUCUGCCUGCCUGGAUUCCAUACUUUUGCCAUACGGAUGUGUGUGCAGCACUCAGGCCAGUGGUCCAUGUUGGGCAUCUUUCUCUUGCCUCUUGCUGAUUUUUUUCCUCCUCCUCUUCACCUUUUCUCCUGCAACCUUUGAAGUUGGUUGGUAGAUAGGUACGGUAAGACAAGUACAAAACAGGCAGUGUUAAAUGUCUACACAAAUCUUGGUGUCUGCCAUCAGAGCAUUUGAUUACCAUUGUGUUAUAUGCAGAGGUAUGGGCAUUAGGACCCUGUGGGAAUGAUAAUAGAUGGGUGUACUGGUCUUUAGUAAAUUAACAAACAGCAGGAGAUGUAGAAUGAACACAGAACAAGGAUUUAGUGCAAAGCUUUAAUUAGCUGUUUGUUCUCAAACAAAGGAGGAUACAAUUAGAUUCAGCUGCUGCAGAUUUUGAUGAUUUUUCAUCCCUGCUUUGACUUGCUGCUGUCCUGUAACCUCAGACCUCCUUUCCAUCAAUGACUAAUCCUUUCUCAGUCUGGUUGAAGACCCUGGCUGAGCAUUAGUUACCUGCACUGUCAGGACCCAUUGGAUGUAAAUGAAUAAAUUUACAUUAUAAAAUGCCACUCACACCCAAAAGUGCUUCAGUUACACAAUCAAUCCUUAAGCACCGAUGAAUGGCACAGACCACAUCAAUGCAAGCAUCUGCAAUUGUGUGAUCUUUGUGAGUUAAUAUAACAGAAUAGAGCAUCAGCAGCAAUUAGAUGAAAGGUAUUAGGUUGGGAACUGUGGCUGAGUUUUUUUUAAAGAAAGCAAGUCACUUUUACAGUCUUUCUACCUGACUGAUCCAACUAUUCACCUCUCUUGACUUCUGCACAUUUCAUCCUCUUUUAGCUGAGUACUUGCAUUUUGAUAACUGUUAAUUUUUUUAUUAUUAAAUGUUUCACAACACUUUCACACAGGAGAUAUCAGGAUUCUCGUACAGCCAAACCAAUCUGAUUUUUUUUCUGCCUAUUGGUUUCAUAUUCCCUUCACCUCCAUCACGGGUAGCUGUAUCAUCUGCUGCCACCGCCC